UGGAAUUACUCACAGCUUGAGGAUUUCAACAACUCAAUAAAUAGUAGUACUAGCACCAAACUUAUUAGCUAGUCCCUUCUCUUCUUACUCUAUCUCCUCCCUCAGAAUCUCAAUGGAGUUUAGCUAUCCUCCUUCAGUUCCUCUUCUCUCCAUUUUCCUUUUCCUGCUUCCUUCUUUGAUCCUUGCUCAAAUCUGCCAGAGAAACUGUGGCCAAACUCUCAAGUACCCAUUCGGUAGUGGCCCCGGUUGUGGCGACCCUCGCUUCCAACCACAUGUAACUUGCAGCGAACAAAGACUCACCUUCACAACUCACACAGGUUCCUACCCAAUUACCUCAAUUGACUACACCAAUCAACUCAUACACAUCUCAGAUCCCACCAUGUCAACCUGCUCUUGCACUCUACCAAGCAAAGGCUUUGGCUUAGAUGGGGACGCGCCAUUCACAUUCGAUGACAGCACCAUCUUUGCUCUCGUAGACUGUUCAAUGAACUCAUCAUCCAUAUGCAAAUCAAGAAGCUAUGAUGAUGGAAGCAACUCCAAGCUUCAAUGUGAUCAAAGCACACCAAUUUGUGAUUUUUUAUAUUCUUGCAGGCCUAUUAGUACUAUCAAUCUACCAAUCUCCACGUGCUGCGUUUACGCGCCGGUUAACCUUGGUCCUUCGUUUGACAUGGUUCUGCAGAAGCUGCAAUGCGCUUCGUACACAGGAUUCUACAACUACAAUGAUCAGCAGUCAGAUCCUGAAAAGUGGAACUAUGGAAUAGCACUCAAGUAUAAAUUUAGUGUCACAAAUGAUUAUCCUCCCUCAUGUGCUGCUUGUGAAAGGAGCAAUGGAUUCUGUGGGUACAGUGGACCUUAUAAUUCAUUUAUCUGCAACUGUCCUAAUGGGUUUAACACAACUACAGAUUGUUUCUUCAUAUCUGAUAACAAUGGUUUUAGAAAUGGGGUUGCUUGGUUGAUUUAUCCUGUGGCAUGGUCUCUGGUUAGCUUCUUCUUGUAAGUUAUUAUGGAUGGUGGUUCUACAAUCAAGCUCAUGAUUCAACAAUUAACCAAUCAAAAUGCUACUUGUAAUUUGAAUCUUCUCUUAGUUCAUUUGUAUUCUGAAGUUGGUGAAUGUCAGAAAAGAAAACCCUUUGUGGAAUUUAAAUGCAUUGCCUUUCAUGA